CCUUCCCCUCCAGGCCCGCCCCGGGGCCGGGGCCAACUGAAACCGCGGAGGAGGAAGCGCGGAAUCAGGAACUGGCCGGGGUCGGCACCGGGCCUGAGUCUGUCCGAGGCCGUCCCAGGAGCAGCUGCCCGCGCGGGCCGGCACUAUGGGCUUUUCUUCGGAGCUGUGCAGCCCCCAGGGCCAUGGGGUCCUGCAGCAGAUGCAGGAGGCUGAGCUCCGGCUCCUGGAGGGCAUGAGGAAGUGGAUGGCCCAGCGGGUCAAGAGUGACAGGGAAUAUGCGGGGCUGCUCCACCACAUGUCCCUGCAGGACAGCGGGGGCCAGGGCCGGGGUAUCCCGGACAGUCCCAUCAGCCAGUCCUGGGCGGAGAUCACCAGCCAGACAGAGGGCCUGAGCCGGUUGCUGCGGCAGCACGCAGAGGACCUGAACUCAGGGCCCCUGAGCAAGCUGAGCCUGCUCAUCCGGGAGCGGCAGCAGCUUCGCAAGACCUACAGCGAGCAGUGGCAGCAGCUGCAGCAGGAGCUCACCAAGACCCACAGCCAGGACAUUGAGAAGCUGAAGAGCCAGUACCGAGCCCUGGCACGGGACAGUGCUAAUGCCAAGCGCAAGUACCAGGAGGCCAGCAAAGACAAGGACCGUGACAAGGCCAAGGACAAGUAUGUACGCAGCCUGUGGAAGCUCUUUGCCCACCACAACCGCUACGUGCUGGGUGUGCGGGCCGCCCAGCUGCAUCACCAGCACCACCACCAGCGCCUGUUGCCCAGCCUGCUGCGCUCACUGCAGGGCCUGCACGAGGAGAUGGCUCGGAUCCUGAAGGAGAUCCUGCAGGAAUACCUGGAGAUUAGCAGCCUGGUGCAGGACGAGGUGGUGUCCAUUCAUCAGGAGAUGGCUGCAGCUGCUGCCCGCAUCCAGCCUGAGGCUGAGUACCAAGGCUUCCUGCGACAGUAUGGGUCUGCACCGGACGUCCCACCCUGCGUCACCUUCGAUGAGUCACUGCUUGAGGAGGGUGAACCGCUGGAGCCUGGGGAGCUGCAGCUGAACGAGCUGACCGUGGAGAGCGUGCAGCACACGCUGACCUCAGUGACAGAUGAGCUGGCUGUGGCCACCGAGACGGUGUUCAGUCGGCAGGAGGUGGUUACACAGCUGCAGCAGGAGCUCCAGAAUGAAGAACAGAACACCCAUCCCCGCGGGCGGGUGCAGCUGCUGGGCAAGAGGCAGGCGCUGCAGGAGGCGCUGCAGGGGCUGCAGGUAGCGAUGUGCAGCCAGGCCAAGCUGCAGGCCCAGCAGGAGCUGCUGCAGACCAAGCUGGAGCAGCUAGGCCCCGGCGAGCCCCCGCCUGUGCUGUUCCUGCAGGAUGACCGCCACUCCACAUCAUCCUCGGAGCAGGAGCGAGAAGGGGGAAGGACACCCACGCUGGAGAUCCUUAAGAGCCACAUCUCAGGAAUCUUCCGCCCCAAGUUCUCGCUCCCCCCACCGCUGCAGCUCGUUCCAGAGGUGCAGAAGCCCCUGCAUGAGCAGCUGUGGUACCACGGGGCCAUCCCGCGGGCGGAGGUGGCUGAGCUGCUGACGCACUCUGGGGACUUCUUGGUGCGGGAGAGCCAGGGCAAGCAGGAGUACGUGCUGUCGGUGUUGUGGGACGGCCUGCCCCGGCACUUCAUCAUCCAGUCCUUGGACAACCUGUACCGACUGGAAGGUGAGGGCUUUCCCAGCAUUCCCUUGCUCAUCGACCACCUGUUGAGCACGCAGCAGCCCCUCACCAAGAAGAGUGGUGUCGUCCUGCAUAGGCCCGUGCCCAAGGACAAGUGGGUGCUGAACCAUGAGGACCUGGUGUUGGGCGAGCAGAUUGGACGGGGGAACUUUGGCGAAGUGUUCAGCGGACGCCUGCGAGCUGACAACAGCCUGGUGGCGGUGAAGUCCUGUCGAGAGACUCUCCCACCUGACCUUAAGGCCAAGUUUCUACAGGAAGCGAGGAUCCUGAAGCAGUACAGCCACCCCAACAUCGUGCGUCUCAUUGGCGUCUGCACCCAGAAACAGCCCAUCUACAUUGUCAUGGAGCUUGUGCAGGGAGGUGACUUCCUGACCUUUCUCCGCACGGAGGGGGCCCGCCUGCGGGUGAAGACUCUGCUGCAGAUGGUGGGGGAUGCCGCUGCUGGCAUGGAGUACCUGGAGAGCAAAUGCUGCAUCCACCGGGACCUGGCUGCUCGGAACUGCCUGGUGACAGAGAAGAAUGUCCUGAAGAUCAGUGACUUUGGGAUGUCCCGAGAGGAAGCUGAUGGGGUCUACGCAUCCUCAGGGGGCCUCAGACAAGUCCCCGUGAAAUGGACCGCACCUGAGGCCCUUAACUACGGCCGCUACUCCUCCGAGAGUGACGUGUGGAGCUUUGGCAUCUUGCUCUGGGAGACCUUCAGCCUGGGGGCCUCUCCCUAUCCCAACCUCAGCAAUCAGCAGACGCGGGAGUUCGUGGAGAAGGGGGGCCGACUUCCCUGCCCAGAGUUGUGUCCUGAUGCCGUGUUUAGGCUCAUGGAGCAGUGCUGGGCCUAUGAGCCUGGGCAGCGGCCCAGCUUCAGCACUAUCUACCAGGAGCUGCAGAGCAUCCGAAAGCGGCAUCGGUGAGGCUGGGACCCCCUUCUCCAGCCGGUGGCCUCUGCAGGCCAAGGUGCACCUCCUCAGCGGUUCCAGCUCCCACGCGGACAGCUCUUCAGUCCUGGACUCCUGCCCCCAGCAUCCACACUGCCGGCAGGGUGCAGCUCCGUGUCUUCUUUGUGUCCCUGCUCCCGCCAGGGCUUCCUCUCCCAGGCAGAAGCAAUAAAACCACUUGUGCCCACUGAA